AUGGAUUUCGCGCGCGAAUCUGAUUCGUCUUCAGUUGCCAAGUGGCAGCAUCGCAGGAAUCGAACCGCCGUGACGCGCGUCGCGCCACAUCUCGCGCGCCCUCGCCUCACCCAGCGCGUGCUCAUCACAGUCGCGACGAUGCUCGCGACGACGACGCGCGCGUCCACCGCGCGCCCCGCGCGCGCGUCCAACCGCGCGUCCAAGCGCGUCGCCUCGAAGGCAUCAUCGACGGUCGCCGCGAUCGACGGCAAAAAAGCCGCGAUCGUCGUCGGCGUCCCCGCGGGACUCGUCGCAUUCGCCCCAAUCCCCGCCGCGCUCGCGGCGGCGGACAAGGACGCGAUCGAAUCGUUCGUCUCCUCCGUCGACGACAGCGUGAACGCGGUGGUCGGCGUCUUCGCUCGAGCCUCGGACGCGGCGACCACGGCGAGAGACGCGCUCUCGCCCGCGAUCGACCGACUCGCGCCGCUCGUCGAGGAGGCGGUCAAGGACGCGACGCCGUUCGUCUCGAGCGCGACCGAGGAGGUGUCCAAGGCGACCAAGCAGGCCGCGCCGCUCGUGAAGAAGAACGUCGACCUCGUGGAGAAGUCCAUCGGCGGCGGCGUCGACAGCGCGCUCAGGGCGGCGUCGUCGAGCGCGAAGAGCGCGGGCGUCGACGUGGACUUCUCCUCUGCCGCGCGCGGCGUCUCGAGCGCCGUCGAACGAGUCGUCCCCGCGUUCGCGGACGCGCUCGACACCACGCUCGACGCGGCGAGAGCCCUCGACGGCGCGACGCUCACCGCGGUCGUCGCGACCGGCGCCGUGCUGUUCGCGACGUCGCCGCUGUGGGUCGGACCGCUCGCGAAGACGGCGCGCGGGUACGCCGGGGACGUCUCCGCCGUCGCCGCGUUCGACGACGUCCGCGAGGGCGCGCUGCUCGUGGACGUGCGCGACGGCGCGGCGCAGGACAGAGGCGUCCCGGAAGUGCGCGGCGGGAGCGUGGUCGUCGUGGAGACGGAGCAAGUGGGCGCGCGAGGGAAGUUGGAGAUCGACGCGUUGGCGUUGAUCGUCGCGUCGCUGAAAAAGGCGAACAAGGGGAAGAAGAUCAUCGUGAUGGGGCCGAAGGCGGUCCCGGUCGCGAUCGCGCUCUCGUCGCGUGGGUUCGGGAACGUGUUCGUGAUGGAGGGUGGAUUCGAUAAGCGCCGCGGGUGGCUCGAGAGCGGGCUGCCGACGAACUGA